AUGGCCGAGUACAGGGUGACAGUGUCCACGGGGGAGGCCAUCGGGGCUGGCACGUGGAACCGAAUAGCCGUCAGCAUCGUGGGGACCCGGGGGGAAACCCCCCCACUGCCCCUGGACCAUUUCGGCAAGGAGUUCAGCAAGGGCGCUGUGGAGGACUUCCAGGUGGCGGCCCCCCAGGACGUGGGCCGGGUGCUGCUGCUGCGGUUGCACAAGGAGCCCCUGCUGCCCAGCGCGGUGAGGCCGCUGGCCCGGGACGCCUGGUUCUGCAACUGGGUCCAGCUCACUCCGCCGCGGGGCGCCCCUCUCCGCUUCCCCUGCUACCGAUGGAUGGAAGGCCCCGGGAGCCUGACGCUGCGCGAGGGGGCCGCCAAGGUCUCCUGGGCAGACGAUCACCCCGUCCUCCAGCAGCAACCUCCGGACGCCUCUCCGUGGGAUGCCUUCCUGAACUCCCUCCUCACCAUGGCCGCUGGGCCUCUCUGGAAGACUUACCUCCCAGGCUGGCCUCGCUGCUUGGACGAGAAGACCGUGAAAGACCUGGAUCUCAACAUCAAAUACUCUGUAACCAAGAACGCCAACUUCUACCUGAAAAUGGGCUCUGCGUUUACAGAGAUGAAACUCAAGGGGCUGCUGGACCGCAAGGGGCUCUGGAAGAGUCUGGACGAGAUGAAAAGGAUGUUCAGCUUCCGGAAGAGCCCGGCCGCUGAGUACAUGUACGAGCACUGGCAAGAGGACGCCUUCUUCGCCUCCCAGUUCCUAAAUGGCCUCAACCCUGUCCUGAUCCGCCACUGCCGCUCCCUCCCAGAGAACUUCCCAGUCACGGAUGACAUGGUGGCCUUGGUGUUGGGCCCCGGGACCAGUCUGCAGGCUGAGCUGGAGAGGGGCUCCCUGUUCCUGGUGGAUCACGGCAUCCUCUCUGGUGUCAGCACCAAUGUCAUCAACGGGAAGCCUCAGUUCUCCGCCGCCCCGAUGACCCUGCUCUACCAGCAUCCUGGGGGAGGGCCUUUGCUGCCCCUCGCCAUCCAGCUCAGCCAGACCCCGGGACCCACCAGCCCCAUCUUCCUGCCCACUGACAAUGAGUGGGACUGGCUGCUGGCCAAGACGUGGGUGCGCAACGCCGAGUUCUCCUUCAGUGAGGCCCUCACGCACCUGCUGCAAGCGCACCUGCUGCCCGAGGUUUUCACCAUGGCCACGCUGCGCCAGCUGCCUCCCUGCCACCCACUCUUCAAGCUGCUGAUCUCACAUACUCAGUAUACCCUUCACAUCAACACUCUUGGCCGGGAGCUGCUCAUCACCCCAGGCCAGGUGGUAGAGAGGUCCACAGGCAUCGGCCUCCAAGGCUUCUCUGAGCUGAUACAGAGGCACAUGGAAACGCUCAGCUACACCACCCUGUGUCUGCCGGAGGACAUCCGGGCCCGAGGGGUGGAAGACAUCCCCGGCUACUACUACCGGGAUGAUGGGUUGCAGAUCUGGGAUGCGGUGGAGAGCUUUGUCUCCGAAAUAAUCAGUAUCUACUACCCGAGUGAUGCAUCCGUGCGUGAUGACAGUGAACUCCAGGCCUGGGUGUGGGAGAUCUUCUCUGAGGGCUUCCUGAGCCGGGAGAGCUCAGGGAUGCCCUCCUCGCUGGACACCCGGAAAUCUCUGGUGCAGUAUGUUACCAUGGUGAUCUUCAAUUGCUCAGCCAAGCACCACGCCGUUAGCGCAGGGCAGUUUGACUCCUGCGUCUGGAUGCCCAACCUGCCUUCCACCAUGCAGCUGCCCCCACCCACCUCCAAAGGCCGGACAGACCCAGAGGGGUUUGUAGCUGCCCUGCCACCAGUCAACGUGACCUGUGAUAUUGCCAUCGCCCUUUGGCUGCUGAGCAAGGAGCCUGGAGACCAUCGGCCCCUGGGCACCUACCCCCAGGAGCACUUCACUGAGGAGGCCCCCCAGCGGAGCAUCACUGCCUUCCAGAACCGCCUGGCCCAGAUCUCGAAGGAUAUCCGGAAACGCAACAUGAAGCUGGCCGUGCCCUACACCUACCUGGACCCUCCGCUCAUCGAGAACAGUGUCUCCAUCUAA